AUGCAGGAUGUCCUCACCCAACUGCGUAACGUCGUCGCGGUCGAGAAGGGCGAGGAGAGCGCAUUGACCAAGCAGAUCUCGGUCCUUCUGAACGCAUAUGCUAGUCAGCUGCGCGUGUUCAGGACGAACAGAGCCCCGCCCACUCGCACUGCGUUGACAGGGCAAACGCUCGACUUUGAUCCCAUCACGCCUAGGGACCAACAGACAAAGACGAUCGUGAGUCGAGUCAGGUCGGCCAGGCGUUCAAUCAGUCAGAAGGGCAGGCAUGCAGAGACCAGCAACCGCAAAGAGAGGUGCAUUCACGAACACAGCGCAUAAGCAGCAGCUCUGCGCGGGGCCUCGGACCACACCUGCUCAGCGUAUAAAGGUCACUCUGGCAUGCGCACGUUUGCACUUUUGACUCACCAAUUUGCCUCCUCGUGCCACACUCUACCCGCAGACCAGCAAUGGCGAGGACAAUAUGCCAGACAUUGUGCUCAUCGCUGAUGCUAUGGCCUCCGUCUGCGUCGACCUCACCGAUUCGCAGACCGACGUUGGAGAUGGGACUUUCCGCCCCAGUGCAUCCGUGCAGCAUCCGUGGUUGCAAUACGCCGCCGUGGUAGAGGUCAAGCGGCACGAGAGGGACGAUUUGAAUGAAUCGACUGUUGGUCAGAUGCUCAGAUACGCCGUGAGUCCGCCGCACCGCGCCGGGCCGAGCCGCAUGCUGCUCUGCUCUGCUCGUCCCACAAGCGCUCACAUGCUCCGCAUCCACCCAUCUAGCGUCAGCUCCUGAUCGCGCACCCCUUUGCGCGGUAUGUGCAUGUCGUUUCCUGGACCGGCAGCAAAGUUCGCAUCUGGCAAUUUGGAGCCAAUGGAAUAGUCUUCUCACGGGCGGUCGAUGCUGCUGCGGCUGCCUUGCAGGACCAAACAUCGCUAGACCAUCUAGGUAGGCUUCUACACCUCCUAAUGUCCGGCGAGUCUACCCUUCUGCCCCGCUGGACGCCAAAGUGCGACGGGGCGCAUGCUCUGCUAGCGCAGCAAGUCGCACAGGAACAAGCGACAGCGAGGGCAGCGGGCAUAGCUAACAACGGUCUCAACCAGGAUCAUGUGAACCUCAUCACCAGCGAUGCUCUUCGCGUCGUAUACGUGCGCCCGUCUUUGCACGGCUCUCGCACCGUCGUCUUUGGGGUUCCGCUGCACGAUCACGAUGGUGAGCACAUCUUUUUGAAAUGCUGCUGGCUGUCAGAGCAUCUGGCCCAUCACGAAAGAAAUAUGCUGGACAAGCUGGGUGAUGUGAGCGGUGCACCUCGUGCCCUUGCUUCCUUCGACCUCGGAUGGACAACGCCAAGUGGCGAGCCAGUCUGCGGAGCCGACGGGCGUGCGGACAAAGCAAAGCUGUCCGCCUAUGUGUUGGUCUUUACGCAGCACCGCGGAUGCCAGAUUCCCUUGACUGCAUCAUUGUCAGACAAGGCGGCCGUGUUGCAGCAGCUCGUACAUCGACUGCAUGAUUAUGCCCAAAAGGGAUUACACUACCGCGACCUCAACACUGGCAACGUCCUAAUGAGGCCUGGCACCAAAGCCGAGCCGCUCCUGGUCUUGGUAGACCACGGAAACGUCAGGGAAGGUGGCAACCCCCGUCGAGGCGUACAAGUCCGCGAAACGAGUCCUGGCGACAACACACGAGCGCAUGAUGACCAACUAGUCGCCAUCAUCCAAGAUGAUGCCCGGUCUAUCAACCAACUCUUCGUACCAUCUGGCAUGCAAAUGGCCGAGACUCAGUUGAGCAUAUACCGGACGAGCUUGGAAUCAUUUCGAAAGGACAAGCAAUUAGCCGCAUCGGCGACAUUUGGCAAAGCAAUUUAUGACAAGCGAGUCUUGAAAUCAGAAGCAAGAUGGCGAAGUGCCCACAAGGACGCAUAUACUCGCCUACAUCGCUAUUGUGACGACGUCGAGUCGCUAAUCUACAUUCUUGUUUGGAUUUCGACGCGCGCAAGCAAGCUUAAAGAUCUGUAUAAGCACUUGACCAACCAGACUCGCAAGUCACUCACGUGGGAAGAUGCUGAUCAAUUUCGACAAGUAAGCGCCCAAAUUUCUGGUGGUCCUUUGCUAAGCUUACGCAUCCUUCGCAUCUCGCAGUUCAUCGAGCAUUACCUAGACGGCGCAUCACAGCUCGAUCUGUUGGCGCUCCAAUUGCUGCACGAGUGCGUCUUGCGAACGCAAAAACAGGUCUGUCAAAUGAUGGCGCGCCACUACGAGACAGCCAUUCUACAAGGGCGCAACGACCUCCGUUUUGAGGAUCUCAACCUCCGUGUGGCUGACGCCAAAGAACCGCCAAUCAGCGACGAAGAAGUGACAUGCAUGAGCGGAUGUGCGCGAGAGCUGCUUGGCGUUCUGUUAUUGACUGAUCCGACGGUGAGCAGGACCUUUUCCUACGCCCGCAACCUCAAGCCGAGCUGCAGCUGACACACUUUGUCGCCUGCGCUAACAGGAUCAGGAGAGGACGUUAAGUGAAAUAAGCGACCGCUACUCUGCCCAAGAGGGUGGUACAGGAAAUGCCGCAGAUCGUCAGGGCGUUUCGUGA